AUGGCUGCUUUCGCCCAGGCUCCUCCCCUUGCGCUCCACUUCCAAGAAGCAACAAGAAGCAGCAGCUCCCAGCCCCCACGCCCACGUACCCGUCCCAGUCCCCCCGCCCAGAGACCAACAACAGCUCACCCGCCGCUGCCUGGCACUUCCCCUUCCUCCGCCAGUGAGCCUCUGAUUGUUUCCGAGACGAAGCUCAUCACGAUGCACUCCUGCGCGGGGCGCCUCGAGGACGCUCGCAAGGUGUUCGAAGGAAUGGCGUGCAGGGACCUACUCGCCUGGUCCGCCAUGAUCGGCGCAUACGCCAUCAGGGGCCUGUACAAGGAGGUUGUCCCGCUCGCGGUGACCAUGGUCAGGGAAGGGGUCAUUCCGGAUAGGUUCCUGAUCACCCGGAUUCUACAGGCGUGCGCGUACACAGAGGACCUGGAGCUCGGGGUGGCGAUGCAUUCACUGGCGAUCCAGAGUGGUUUCAUGGUGGAGAGAGCGAGGGACGUGCCGGUCGGGAACUCGGUGCUGGCGAUGUACGUCAAGUGCGGAGAACUGGGCCGUGCACGUGUGGUGUUUGAGAAUAUGGGGCAGCGGGACCUGGGCACAUGGAACUCAAUGAUUUUCGGGUGUUGCCAGUCCAAUGAGUGGGAAGAGGCACGGAGGCUGCUCGAUGAUAUGAGGCAUGAAGGUACAGAGCCUGGGGUCAUCACGUGGAACACGCUGAUCUCGAGCUAUGCGAGGUCUGGGGAACUUGAUGUGGCCAUGGAGAUGCUGGAGCAGAUGGAGGAGUCCGGUGUUGCUCCGGAUGUCAUCACCUGGACUAGCCUUGUGUCUGGUUUUGUCUACAGUGAUAGGGGUGGUGAGGCACUUCGGUGUUUCAUGCGCAUGCGUCUUGCUGGAGUCGAACCGAAUGGCAUGACGAUCGCGAGUGCCAUCUCAGCUUGUGCUAGUUUGAGGUUACUGAGUCAGGGCAUGGAGCUCCAUUGCCACGCAAUAAAGGUUGGGAGCGUGAACAAUGUGCUCUCAGGGAACUCCUUGGUUGACAUGUAUGCAAAAUGUGGAGAAAUUGUUGCAGCUAAGAGAAUAUUUAAUGAGAUACCCGAGAAGGAUAUCUUCUCCUGGAACUCAAUGGUUGCGGGGUAUGCACAGGCGGGCUAUUGUGGCAAAGCAUAUGAGCUUUUCUGUAAGAUGGAGAGCCUUGGUGUUCGGCGCAAUGUGAUAACAUGGAAUAUAAUGAUCUCGGGAUACAUAAGAAAUGGGGAUGAUGAGAGAGCUUUUGAGCUAUUUCAGAUGAUGGAAAGCUACGGAGUAAAAAGGGACACGGCUUCAUGGAAUGCACUCAUUGCUGGGUCAGUGCACAAUGGCCAUUCUGAUAGAGCCCUGAGAAUAUUUCGGCAGAUGCAAUCACUCUUGGUGAGACCAGAUUACAUCACAAUAUUAAGUAUCAUUCCAGCAUUUGCAAACCUAGUUGCAUUUUCCAAAGUACGGGAGAUCCACACCUGCAUAUUUCACAACUAUUUAGAAAUGGAUGGCAAAAUAGCAAAUGCACUCAUCAAUGCCUAUUCAAAAUCUGGCGAUCUUGCUGGUGCUUGUGCUGUUUUUGAUAGGCACUCAUCAAGGAACAUUAUUUCUUGGAAUUGUAUAAUUCUCGCACACUUGCUGCAUGGUUCUCCAAGUGAAGCACUGGAUUGCUUUUGUGAGAUGAAACAAGAAGGCGUGUUGCCAGAUCAUACAACUUUGACUGCCGUAAUCAAGGCCUAUGGCCUCCAGGGAAAGGUAUCUGAGGUGAAACAAAUAUUUUAUAAUAUGACCCACGAUUACAACAUUACUCCAGAUUUAGAUCAUUACGCAGCUAUAGUUGAUCUCCUUGGCCGCUCAGGUUGUCUACAAGAAGCAUAUGAGUUUAUUGAUAAUAUGCCACUCAUACCCAAUUUAGCAGUCUGGGAGGCAUUGCUCACUGCUGCAACUAUUCAUGGAAAUGCAAGGUUAGCAAACCUGGCAGCAAGAGAGCUGUCAUCGCUUGAUCCCAGUGAUACUAGAAUCCAAAGACUGGUUUUUAAUUACUGGGAUCUAACUGGAAAGUCUGCUGAUGUGCCACUCAUGACAGUAUACAACAAAGGAAGAGAGUUGAAAGAUGUUGAUAGUUGUUCGGUUGAAAUCAAGAACAAGGUCUAUUUGUUCUCAACCAGUGAUAAUUUAGCAUUAGAGAGUACAGUAGCUGAAUUGAAGUUGAUUAUGAUUCAGAUCCGAAUGUCAUUGCUGAACAUCUGUAAUGGGACUGACGCUGAAGAAGAGAAAGAAGAAUUAUCUGGAAUACAUUGUGAGAAGCUAGCAAUUGCUUUUGCAAUUUCAAAUUCCCCUCCUCUCAGAAGCAUACGGAUAAUAAAGACCUUAAGGAUGUGUAGCCGUUGUCACAUCUUUGCCAAGCUAGUUUCAGAAAAAUACGAGCGGCAGAUACUGAUCAAGGAUUCAAAUUGUUUGCACAAGUUUAAGGAUGGAAAGUGCUCUUGUGAAGAUAAGAAUGUAUAG